GAGAGACCAGCAGCGAUGGAAAUCAAAAAAUAAACCACUUAUGUUUUAGAAGAGCCAGGCUUAUAAAUACUACAGUCAGAGCAAUCCCGUUGAUUCACUCCGCAGCAAUAGAACUCGAGCCCAGGCUCCAGCUUCACAAAUUAGGGAUUGAUUUUCUUAGACAAUUUUAAAUUACGUUUUAUAUUAAAACUUUUACCACUUGAAAUAUUCAUUUGCAGUACAUUUUAAACGACGGUGGGGUCAAAGCCUAUGUUUAGUAGUGUUAGGUAUAUUUUGAAUUGUAUUUAGAUAUUCAUCCAUUCCGUUUAUAUUUGUAGGACGCGUUAACCUUCCGCUUUGAAUCAUAGCACUUAACUUUGAUACCGUGCGUAUGAAAACAUACAAUGGCUUCAACUUUUCACAUAACCUUUUUAACUCUCUCCUUGACCAACUUGGCUCUAUCGGAAUUGUUCCAAUCAGAGGAGAUAAUACCCGCCAAGACAAGUGUAAGAGGCGGCCAUCUAUGGAGAGGACACGAAGAUCAACAAAGUAUCAGGCUGAAAGCCUUUGGCCGCGAGUUCACGCUGAAUUUGUCUCCGGACGACAAUUUUGUUUCUCCCAGAUUAAGCAUUCAGCGAAUUCAAGCGAGACAUUUGUCUGCUCUUCUCAACAGUUCUGGAUCUCGACAUUUUUCCAGCGAUGUCAUGGAGACGGAGAAGAAUCUGGAUGAGUAUGCAGGCUGUUUCUACUCGGGGACAGUGGACACAGAUCAGGACUCUAUGGUUGCGGUUAGUUUGUAUCACGGCAUACAAGGGUCAUUCAUUACGCACGGGGAUGAAUAUGUCAUUCAACCCAAAGUCAACGGCCAUAGCAAAGCAGGCAGCUACACCUCGCAGGUGCACGUUAUAUCAAGGAGAGUUUUUACCCAGCCUCGUGAAUCUCAAAAGACUGCCUUUGAUCAAUUGAAGGACGCAAGCUGGUUUAUGGACUCAGAUGACGGCGAGUCAUAUCACGAUGGGGAUGAGGUUCAGGGAAAGAAGCGGAGUCGACGCUUUGUCUCUGCACCUAGAUACAUUGAAACACUACUAGUUGCAGACUCCUCAAUGACACAGUUUUAUGGGGACGAAAUCAAGCACUAUCUGCUGACUCUGAUGGCCAUGGCUGCACAGAUCUACAGACACCCCAGCCUCAAGAACUCUGUGAGCCUGGUGGUGGUGAAGAUGCUGGUGGUGGAGGAUGAGGAGGUGGGGCCCCAGGUAUCAAGCAACGGAGGCGUGGCCCUCAGGAACUUCUGUUCCUGGCAACAGCUCUUCAACCCUUCCAGCGUGAGACAUGCCGAGCACUACGACACUGCAGUCCUGUUCACCAGACAGGACAUUUGUGGAUUGAAGACCUGUACCACGCUGGGCGUGGCCGACGUGGGCACAAUGUGUGACCCCAAGAGAAGUUGUUCUGUCAUAGAGGACAAUGGUCUCCAGGCAGCCUACACCGUUGCCCAUGAGCUCGGUCAUGUCCUGAGCAUGCCACAUGAUGACUCCAUAAACUGUAAGAAGUGGUUUGGGCACCUGGAUGGGCACCAUUUAAUGGCAUCAGAAAUUGUAGACCUCAACAAGAUCCUCCCUUGGUCGCCCUGCAGUGCCCGCUACAUCACCGAGUUUUUCGACAACGGACAUGGUGACUGCCUGUUAGACCCCCCAGAGCAGACCAUGCCCCUCCCCAUGGAGCCUCCAGGCCACUCCUACAGCCUCGACCGCCAGUGCCAGCAGGCGUUUGGAGAGGAGUUCACCCAGUGCCAAGAUGCCCCAGAGAAUCUGAUGUGCAGCCAGCUGUGGUGCCGGGAGGAGGGCCAGCCCCACUGCACCACCCGCAACGGCAGCCUGCCCUGGGCGGAUGGCACGUCCUGUGGGGCCAACGCCACCUGCCAGCGCGGCACGUGUGCCCUGACGGAGCACCUUGAGGGAGAGGAGCCUGUUGAUGGCGGCUGGGGUGGAUGGGGCCCCUGGGGGCCAUGCUCAAGGUCAUGUGGUGGAGGAGUGGAGUUCUCCCAGAGAGAGUGUACUGAACCUGAGCCACAGAAUGGAGGGGCUUACUGUGUGGGCCAGAGAGUCCAGUACCAGUCCUGCAACAUCCAUGCCUGCCAAGAUGACCACGGGAGUAGCUUCAGAGACGAGCAGUGUGAGAAGUACAACAGUGAGAGGUACCUGGACAUGCAUGGCAACAUCAAAGAGUGGAUCCCUAAGUACAACGGCGUGUCACCCAGGGACAGAUGCAAGCUGUUCUGCAGGGCAAGAGGCAGCAGUGAAUUUAAAGUCUUCGAAGCCAAGGUGGUAGAUGGCACCACCUGCGGCCCAGACACCACAUCCAUCUGUGUCCAGGGCCAGUGCGUGAAGGCAGGCUGCGACCAGGUAAUAGGGUCCAAUGUGAAGAUGGACAAGUGUGGAGCGUGUGGAGGGGAUGGAACCACUUGCAGGAAGAUCACUGGAUCUAUGAACAACGCCAUAUUUGGCUAUAACGACAUUGUGACCAUCCCGACGGGGGCCACCAACAUUGACAUCAAGCAGAAGAGCCACCGGGGGAUCAAACACGACGGCAACUACCUGGCUCUGAAGACAGAAGGAGGAGCCUACAUCCUGAACGGGAACUACUCGGUGUCGACGGCGGAGCAGGACAUCCCGGUGGCGGGGGCGGUGCUGCGCUACAGCGGCUCCUCCACCACCCUGGAGAGGAUCCUCAGCUACCAGCGGCUCCGCCAGGCCCUCACCGUCCAGCUGCUGUCCACCGCCGGAGACUCCGCCCCGCCCCGGGUCAAAUACACCUUCUUCCUCCCCAGGAACGUGCCCUUCACCAAGCUAGGCUCCGAGGGCAGGGGCCCCCUGCACGCCAUCCUGCCCUUUGGGGGAGCUGACUGGGUUCUGGGGGAGUGGUCUGAGUGCUCCAAGAGCUGCGGUUCUGGUUGGUCCAGGAGGAGUGUCGAGUGUCGCGACGGGGCGGGCUUCCUGUCCUACUUCUGUGACGAGGACCUGCGGCCGGUGGACAUUCGGCCGUGUGGAGACCUGCCCUGCCCCAUCUGGCAGCUGGGCCCCUGGUCUGCCUGCUCCCGGACAUGUGGGGUGGGCCUGCGCCAUCGCACUGUUCUGUGUUUGGACUACACAGGCAAGAAAGUGGAGAUGGAGAAAUGCAAUCCUGCCAAGAGGCCUGAGGUUUUCUCCACUGAAUGCAGCUAUCUGGACUGCUGAGCUGCGAGGAGGCAGGAGAAGAGGAAAUGUUAGUAGCAGGCAGCAGUGGAGUACAUUACAGUGGGAGGUAGUGUAGGGCUAGUUAGUAGGGCUAGUUAGUAGGGCUAGGAAGUAGGUGUAGUAAGCAACUAACCAGCAUACAACUUUUUCCCGACCACCCAGACCAUGCUUCAGAGACAAGCAGGACAGCUCGUCACAUGCGGUCAGUUCACUAAUAUUGACCAAAACUACAACCAUGGCUUGGUCAUAGAAAAUACUGUAGAUGAAUUUGACAGUUUACUUUCUGUCAUUGUUUGUUUCCUUGAUAUCAAAGCUAUAUUUGUAAACCACUAUUGAAGGUUCUGUUAUCCAAUAGAGAUCUACCUCAUAGGAUGUGAAAAUCAACUCUCAAAUCAGUUUCUGUUUGCAAUUUAAAUGCAGUUCAUCAAAGGCACAUUAACUUUACAUAAAUCCUGCUGAGAUUCUCUGGAGUGGUUUAAUACCUCAAUCCAUCUUUGUCAACAUGAAUCACAUCCCAGAUUAGGUAGAGAAAUUCCUAAACGGUAGACACAAGGUACCAUGAUAUUGGUUAGCAAAGCAUAACAAUUUCUCAAAAAUAUAGACAUGUCAUCAUGCCUUAUCAGACCUCCUCAUAAGGUUAUUUCCAUGACUCAUCAGUUCUGGAAUAAUGGAGUCUGGUUUGGAUGUGUACUCUGGCCACAAAACACCUCAGGCUAGAAUGUUGGCGGGUCUAACAAGUCACAGCUAUCUAAUUAAGCUUCAAAAUAAAUCUGAAACAAUAUAUAUUUUACCCUUGGGAUUUGAUUGACUGUCUGUUGCUUCUUAAAGUGUUGUUUUAUGAACAGUGUAGAAUAGUUAAUGGUGUGCUAAAUGAAUUACAUGUUACACUUUGCAUUGAGAGCUAGGUGGAGUUAGUUGCAGCAAUGUUUUUUAAAGGUGAUCUGGAGCAAUCUUGGAUGCAACCAACACGGGAUUAUAUUUAUUUGUCAUGCUAUGUUUUCUUUCUUAUUAUUCUUGGCCAUAGUGUGACUGUGGUCAUAUUUUUUCAUCAACAGAAAAAAUCUAUUUUUAUCCAAUGGAAAAUGCUUCACUUUGGCCUAAACAUUAUUAUAGACACCAAUCUGUUAGCUGUAGACUAGAAGAAUGGUCUCUGGUUCAUUCUGUUGCUCUGAAAUGGAGUAUAUUUUGUACAGUGCCAAUUGACCUAAUGGUAUACUAUGUCAUGAUGGAUGAGUCACUAUGUGUCAUUUGAAAUAGCUUAGGGACAAACACAGUCAUGAAUGUGGCUAAGUACGUAGUUGUCUAGCCACACAACUCACACAGAUGAUCAGAGGGAGGGGUGUGGUCUCCAGUCCUCGGGGAGAUAGAGAUGAAGACUUGUAACAUAGAUUACAGACCUGUGUAUUGUUACACAGGACUAAGAGUCAUGUUCAUUCUCUGGACAGAAUAUAAAUAGCAUAUAGUCAAACAAACAACAACAAAAAAAAUAUUGUUUGUAGAUUAGCUAACGUAUAUUAGUCUAUAAAAACCCUUACAAUAUAUAUCACCAAACUAUUGAUGCCUUAUGCAGGGAUAUGCAAAUGGUAGAGGUGUCAUUCUUUGUUGGGUCAAAGUUUGUUCUGGGGCUUCCACAAAGGGAAACAGCAGUAAUUAAUUAAUUUAAAGGAAAAGAUGUAGAUCACAUUUCAAAGCAUUCUAUCCCUUCAAUGAAGGUCUGUAUUGUGCUAUUGUUGUAGCUUCCUUACAAAGCUAUUUAUUUUGUAAUACUCUCUGA